AUGGCCACCCGACCACAAUCCACAUCCAAUCGCCCACUCACUUCAUUCAAAGCCCUCCUCUUCGACGUCUACGGCACUCUCAUCGAUUGGGAAACAGGGAUAUACGAUGCCCUCUUACCUCUCUUCCAACGCUCCCUUUCCUCAUCAGACGCUCUAUCGAGAGAAUAUAUCCUCGCGCGAUACACAGCAGUCGAGAAAUCCCUCCAAGAAGCCCAUCCCUCGAUGCUCUACUCCGACCUCCUCGCUGAAUCAUAUCGCGUCCUUGCGCGCGAUCUCUCACAAUCACACUCGAUAGACACAGACAUAGAAGAACAGGCAAAAUCAUUCGGACAAAGCAUCCCUUCAUGGCCCGUCUUCCCCGACACAGUCUCCGCUCUCCACACACUCUCCAAGACCUACAAACUCGUCGUCCUCUCGAACGUAGACCGGCAAAGUUUCUCCGGGACGCUCAAGGCACUUUCGUACACCGACCCUUCAUCGGGACAACUCCGUUCACCGUUCACUCUCAUCUUGACGGCUCAAGAUACCGGUGCUUAUAAGCCUUCGCCACUUGGCUUUGAAAGGGCGUUGAAGGAGAUUGCGGGGCUUGUGGAGUUGGGGGAGGGAGAGGAUGUGAAGGAGUAUGUGUUGGUGACGGCGCAGUCGUUAUAUCAUGAUCAUGGACCGGCGAAUAAGAUUGGGUUGCAUGGAGGGGCGUGGAUUGAUAGGGAGGGGGCGAUUAUGGGAAUUGGGAAAGAUUUGGAGGAAGGGACGAGGUGGGGGUGGAGGUUUUCGACAUUGGGAGAGAUGGCGGAUGAGGUUGAAAGGGAGAAACAAACGGAGAAAGAGACGCAGACUGGGUUGACUGGUUGA